GAAUAAGACACUUAAGUGAUCCGGUGGACAGACGCGUCACUUCGCGUGGAGAACUUUUAUCUCGCUUUUUUAAUUAAAAAAAAAAUAAUAAUAAAUUUAAUUUUUUUUAAAACAAGGCGACACGAGCAUUUUUUUUUGUGUGUGGAGAAACUCGGGACUUUGAGAGAAAGCCUUUAUUUGUGGCUCCACACGCAUCUCGCCUCGUUCCCCGACGAGCCAGCGCAUCGCGCCGGGUGAAAUUACACCUCCAGGACUUGUUUGUCAACUUGAAAGAAAGUCGCCAUGGCAGAGACGUCCGCGGCUCCGGCGAAAGCCAAGAAGACAUCCAAGCCCAAGAAGCCCGCCUCACAUCCCAAGUACUCGGAGAUGAUUAAAGCGGCUAUUGUUCACGACGCGAGCCGGAGCGGCGCGUCCCGCCAGUCCAUCCAGAAGUACGUGAGGAAGAACUACAAGGUGGGCGACAACGCCGACGUGCAGAUUAAGAUGGCCCUGAAGAGGCUGGUGGCAUCCGGGAUGCUGCGCCACACCAAAGGCAUCGGCGCGUCCGGGUCCUUCAGACUGACCAAACCCGAGGACUCCAAGAAGUCCCCCAAAGCGCCCGCGGCCAAGCCCAAGAAGGCGGUCAAGCCCAAAGCCAAAAAGGCGGCCAAGCCCAAGAAGGUGCCCAAGACGCCCGAGAGACCCAAGAAGGCGGCGGCGAAGAAAGUGAAGAGGGUGGCCAAGAAGACGACGCCGGCAAAAGCCAAGAAGGCACCUCCGGCGAAGAAAGUGGCCAAGGCAGUCAAACCCAAGGCGAAAGCAGCGAAGAAAGCAGCCAAGCCCAAAGCCAAGGCGCCCAAAAAGGCAGCCAAAUCCUCCAAGAAGAAGUGAAGGGACAAUAUCUGAAAGACUGUAAAUACUCGAGGAAAUGUUUUCGUAUAUGUAUUAUUUUUGUAAGGUCUCAUACAAACUGAUGCUGUUUUUACUGGUAGUUUUCUCCCCCGUCGCACUAUAGCCUGGAGAAGCUGUAGGAAGUACCGUGAGCAUUUAAUACUGUUAAUUCCUACUGACUGAAUAUAGACUAGAGUGAGAUCUUGCUGAAGAGGGAACGUGUACAUAGACAGUUUGAACUCAUGAGUAGCUUUUUUUGUUAGUGCACGAGUCAUACUGAUAAUACAAGUGUUUCAAUGGUGAGCAUUGUGGAGCCUUGACAAUGUACGGAGCGCAGUCAGCAAGAUUCCCCUAAAGGCUCUAUAGAUGUCAUUCAGCCUCCAUUCUGUAUAUUCUCACAUGUUCAGACCACUCUGUGUUCAGUCACUUUUGAAGACUGUUUACUCUGUAAAUCAAUAAAUCUUUUGUCAUCU